CUCAAACCCCAAAACCCACACAAAUUAAAACAAAUCAUAAUGAAGACUUGUUUUCUCGUUACAUUCCUGUUGGCUGCAGUUGUCUGCACCCACGGCCUUGAAGCGGUGACGGACUCCAACGGAAAUCCAGUUAAGCUCCGUGAAAAAUACUUCAUCCAGCCGGUUAAGACCGAUAGUAAUAACGGUGGUGGUCUUGUUCCAGCCCCCGCCAACAUAUUUCCGUUUUGUCCACUUGGCAUCACCCAAACACUUCUUCCGUACCAACCGGGCUUGCCGGUUAUCUUCGACUUUUAUGCAUUUUAUGUCGGCAGAGACUCCCUUGACGUAUCUACCAAUACAAACAUCAAGUUCGAGUCCAACAUCUGGCCUGUAUGCAACGAGUUUUCCAAGUUAUGGGCAGUCGAUGAUUCCUCAUCCGCUGCCAAGGAGCCUGCCAUUAUCAUCGGUGGUGUAGAUACGGCCCGAAAUAGCGCCUUUAAGGUAGAAAAAGCUAGAGAAGCAAACACUUACAAGUUGACCACCUCAUACGGAACCGUUGGAACCAUCCCAGGGGCUUGGGGGGGUGCACCACAGCUAAUUGUCACCAAUGAUGUGGCUAAGACCUUAUUCGUCAAGUUCGUGAAGGUUAAUGAUGAUGCUACUAAGGCUACUACACGUGUUGAGAAGUUAGGUCUAAGGAUGUUCCCAUUCUACUAGUGUCAAGAUCAUGUAAUAUUGUAAAAAGCCUCCAUGGCCAUGAAUAAUGGGUUGAGAUAGUAGCCGCACGCAUGUUGUUUCGUAAUAAAUCAAAUAAAUUGUGUUUCCCGCG